AUGAGCUCUUACUUUGUAAACUCGUUCUCAGGGCGCUAUCCAAAUGGCUCCGACUAUCAGUUACUAAAUUAUGGGACUAACGGCGCAGUGAGCGGCUCCUUCAGAGACCCCGGCACCAUGCACUCAGGGUCUUUCGGCUACAACUACAAUGGCAUGGACCUAACGGUGAACCGCGCCAACACCGGUGGCGGCCACUUCGGUGCCGUGCGGGAGGAGGCGCGCGGGUUCGGGCCGGACGCCCGCUACAGACAGACGCCCAGCUGCUCCUCGCUCUCCUCCCCAGAGCCGGUUCCGCCGCCGCCGUGCGCCACGGCUGGUCGGGAGCUGCCGGUGGAGCUGAAGGGCGCCUCCUCUCCCCCCGCUGACCGGAGCGCGACCUCGGCGCCGGGCGGUCUGAGCAAAGGCGGCGGCGCGCACUUCACGGAGAUAGAGGACGGAACGAUCGGAACCGAGACCGAGGAGGGCGCGCACAGCAGCGGCGGCGGGGCAGGAGGCUCCAGCUCCCGGGCGCAGCAGCACCAGGAACCCAACGCCACCUCCUCCACCCCCACACCAAACGACUGCCAAACGCCACAAAUUUUCCCGUGGAUGCGCAAACUGCACAUAAGCCAUGAUAUGACCGGACCUGACGGGAAAAGGGCCCGAACCGCGUACACCCGCUACCAGACGCUAGAGCUGGAGAAAGAGUUUCACUUCAAUAGGUACCUAACCAGACGGCGGAGGAUAGAGAUAGCCCACGCCCUUUGUCUUUCCGAGAGACAGAUCAAAAUCUGGUUUCAGAACCGCAGGAUGAAGUGGAAGAAGGACAAUAAACUGAAAAGCAUGAGCCUCGUAACCGGAGGCAGCGCCUUCCACAACUGAAUAACUUUGUGUGCGUGCGUGUGUGUGUGCAGGCAAAGAGGUUAAAAUGUUACAGGAAAAUUAGAGGAAUUAAAAAAAUAAUAAAAAAAAAAGAUGAAAUGAGUUGUGUAAAGCUCUAAAAGCGCAGCACCUUCCAGCAUGCCAUGUGAUAGAAAAGUCUGGUGUUCAGAUUUUCAGUUCCUGUUGUUGUAGCUUAGAUGUCCAGUUUGGGGGGAAACGUGUAAAUAUUUGAGGAGCUUGUCCGUCGCUCUUUCUCUCUUUCUGUCUCUUGAACGUGUUUCUUUAUUCUUGAUGGUCUAACAGGAGUAAACUCGUUAAAAUUAAAGAAAGAUCAAGUCAAACCAUGUGCUGCUCUCCACUGAAUGUAAAGCGCUUCUGUGUAACUUUUGCUCUUUUUGACUGUGGCCAAGAUCCGUUCAGAAAACAAGCCAAUGUGUAGCUCUCUAGCAUAUUCUGUGCAUUUAUUAUUAUUAUAAUUAUUAUUAUAAUUAUUAAUAUUGUUUAGAACUAAUAUCAAGCAAUGCAAGUGUAUUCAACCUGUCAAUGUGAUGAAGUUUUAGUGCAAAAUAAGGGUUAUUCUGUGGAU